CUGGACUCCCAGGAUGCCACUGCAAGGCUGCAGCAUACCCAGCCAGGGCCAGGUCAAGCACUAGCAACCCAGGCAAACGCUAUAGCCAAGAGACUACAAGCCCAAGAUCAUCAAACCACCAUCCAGUGGGUCCCGGGACAUGCAGGGGUAGAGGGGAAUGAUAGAGCUGGUCAAGCAGCAAAGCAAGCAGCUAAUAGGCCUCCAGGGACAGGUCCAAGAGAGAUCUCCCUGGCCUUUGCCCACAGAGCUUGGGGCCUUGGACAGAGCCACAGUCGGCGCUGA